CGAGCGGAGGUGCACCGUUUCCAACUUCUCAUCUAUCUUGUAUUUUCCGAGGAAUAUUGAUUUUAUCUUCUUCAUUUUCCUCUAUCCCCGCUCCCAGAAAAUGAAUCUCUUGUGGGAUUUCAAUCCCCGGAAAAUGGUGUCGGAAAAAAGUCUAUCCAAGGCGGAAGGCCAUUCAUCUUUCAUUGCCCCUGGAAAAAUACUGUGAUUAAGGAUUGUGUUAAUGAUUAAUCUUUCAUUUAUCUACAAAAUCCCACUCGUAUAAUCCUCAAUAACAUGAAUAUUGAUAAUCGAUAACACCGUUCAUUUGAAAUAUUAUUUUUUUUCUUUCUUUGACUCCGUUUGAAUCGGGAUAUGUUGAAAUUGUGGAAAUGGUACCAGAGUUGCUUAGCUGUUCACCCAGUUAAGACACAGAUGAUUAGCUCUGGUUUUAUAUGGGGAAUUGGCGAUAUAACUGCUCAGGUUAUCACCAACUCGGCAAUCAAGAACCAUAAACGAAACGAGGAUGACGAUAAAGAAUUUAAGGUCAACUGGAAACGGGUGACUAUGAUCACCUUCUAUGGGCUUGGAUUUGUUGGUCCUGUUGGCCACUACUGGUGUGAAGGCUUGGACAGAUACAUGAGAUUGAGACUCAUGCUCAGACCAAAUUCCUUUUGCUUUGUUGCCUCUAAAGUUGCUGUUGAUGCAUAUCUCUACGGGCCGUUGGAUUUACUUGUGUUUUUUACUUAUAUGGGCUUUUCCACGGGGAAGAGUGCUCCACAAGUCAAAGAAGAUGUGAAGAGAGACUUUCUUCCGGCCUUGAUUUUAGAGGGAGGCAUAUGGCCAUUUGUACAGGUUGCAAAUUUUCGUUUUAUACCUGUCAAGUAUCAACUCCUCUAUGCUAAUUUGUUCUGCUUGUUGGAUAGUAGUUUCUUGUCUUGGAUUGAGCAACAACAGGAUGCUCCUUGGAAACAGUGGAUGAAAUCUUUUCUGCCUCUGAAGGAACAGGAGCACCGAAAUGAAUAAGUUCCUUUCAAAUCUGCCAUAAUUAUUUUUUUCACUUCUCCAUUCAUUGUAAGUGCAUGUACAUAUGAUGUGUUUGUGUUUAGCUCAGGCGGUUGGGUGAGUUGGGGUUUUGGAUUGUGUACAUGUGAAUAUGUUUAGAUCCUGAGUUCCAUUGUUGGAAUUAUAGAAGUCAUGAAAUCGCUUUCUGCAUUUCUCAUGAUGCGAUUUUCAGGCUGAGUACAAUUGUUCAAAUAUUUUUCAUUGAAUAGAUGUUAAGUUGAUUUCA